UCUGUCCGCGGAGAUGACUCGGACGGGCGCUCCAUGAAGGCGGGAGCAUAACCCCGGAGGGGGCCCGUCGCCGCCACCCCCUCCCAGCCCGGCUAGGGGAGCCGCGUUUGGGAGCUCGAGAAAGCGGGGAGGGGGCUGCCAAUGUGCGCAGGGAGAGCGGGUGGGGGCAGGAGGGGGGCGAGGUGUGCCAGGCGAGGGGCUGGGCUUGGGGUGGGAGCAGAGAGGCGCUCCUACCUUGCCUUUUCAUUGCAAGGUCUCCAUUGAGACCCCUCCACCCCACCUUCGCCCCUUCCCCAAACCGGACUAGGUCGAUUUGCUAAGAGAGAGAGAAAGGGGUGUGUGGGGGGGUGUUCUGGGAGAAGCGCCGCCCAGAAGUGAUGUGUCUCCUCCCCUCCUCUUAAUCCCCCCCAAACCUUGGGGAGAAAGAGGGGGUGACUAUUUUUCCCUCUCCCCUUUUGCGUGGAGGGGAGAGGGGGGGAAGGAAAAAAAAAAAAAGAGAGAGAGAGAGAAUGUCGUGAUUUAAGUGCCCAGCCGGAAUUUCAAGCCCCCUCUCUUCUACCUCGCCGCACCCACUGCGCCUUCGGAUCCAGACCUUCGGAGGGGCCGCCCGGAACGAUGUUUCUCCGGAUUUGGGGGGCCGUGCCUGAGAAGCAGCUGACGGCGUGGAGGGGGACCCUGGACCAUUCGGCAGAAACGGCCUGUUGUUAACCCCUUUUGGGAAAAAAAAGGACAACGUUCCCAAGCGAGUGAGGGAAAUAAAAAAAAAGAGAGAGACUGAGAGAGAAGUAACCUUGAGAUCUAGCGGCUUAGGAGGGGAAAAAACCGCAAAGAAAACAGCCAUGGGUUGUGCUCCCAGCAUUCAUAUAUCUGACAGCCGGGUGGUUUAUCACAGUAACAAAGAUCCGGAGGACUCCAAUUCGUCCCAGCAAGUCUCUGGAUUAUUCAUUAAAUCUUCCAACACCACCUCGUACAAGUUGAGAACUAACCUAACGAAAAAGGACUCUCGGGAUAACAUGGAGGCAGAAUCGAGGACCAAGAGAUCCAGCGUGAAGGCAGUAGGAACGGAUGUGCAAUUUGGCCCUAUGAGACUCCACCGAGAACAACUUCAGGUACUCUUAGUGUUUGCCAAAGAAGACAACCAGAGCAAUGGGUUCUGCUGGGCUUGUGAAAAAGCAGGCUACCGCUGUAGCAUUGCCAGGACACCUGAAUCUGCCCUUGAGUGUUUUUUGGACAAACAUCAUGAAAUCAUCAUUAUUGAUCACAGGAAUUCGAGAUACUUUGAUGCAGAAACGCUGUGCAGGUCCAUUAGAACAACAAAACCAUCUGAAAACACUGUUAUUAUUGGGGUCGUGCGGAGACAUGCAGAUCGUGAAGAGUUAUCAUUAUUGCCUUUUCUUUCUGCAGGCUUCACAAGGUAUGUAAAUCCUGCAUUUGAAGCAGUAAUGGGCUAUCAGAAAGGCGAAUUAAUAGGAAAGGAACUAACAGAAGUGCCUACAAAUGAAAAAAAAGCUGAUUUCCUUGACACUAUUAAUUCUUGCAUCAAGUUCGAAAAGGAAUGGCAAGGGACUUACUAUACCAAAAAGAAAAACGGCGAGAGCAUACAACAAAAUGUGAAGAUCAUACCUGUCCUUGGACAGGGAGGAAAAAUUAGACACUAUGUGUCACUUAGUAGACCGUGCAAUGACAACAAUAAGGCGGAAAGAAUCUGCGAAAGAGUGCAGGCUGAGUCCCAGACAGAUAUCCAGACCUGCAGGCACAAAGACAAGAGAAAAGGCUCUCUUGAUGUCCGAUCCACUACCUCUCGAGGCAGUGAUGGAAGUUCUCAGAGGAGACAUUCAUCCAUGGCCCGCAUACAUUCAAUGACAAUUGAGGCACCUAUAACCAAGGUAAUAAAUAUUAUCAACGCUGCUCAAGAAAGCAGUCCCAUGCCAGUGGCUGAAGCGUUGGAUAGAGUCCUGGAGAUUCUGAGGACUACUGAGUUGUAUUCUCCACAGCUUGGCACCAAAGAUGAAGAUCCACACACAAAUGACCUUGUCGGUGGCUUGAUGACGGAUGGACUACGAAGAUUAUCAGGGAAUGAAUACCUGUUAUCAGCAAAGCAAACCCAUCAAGUACCGGGCAGUUUGAUCUCACCCAUCUCCCUCAACGACAUCCCACCCAGGAUAGCUCAAGCAAUGGAAAAUGAACAAGACUGGGAUUUUAAUAUUUUUGAGUUGGAGGCUGCUACUCAUAAAAGGCCUUUGGUUUAUCUUGGCCUCAAACUGUUUGCUCGCUUUCGGAUCUGUGAGUUUCUCGGUUGCUCUGAGUCGACGCUGAGGUCUUGGUUGCAAGUCAUAGAAGCCAAUUAUCACUUAUCCAACUCUUACCACAAUUCAACCCACUCGGCAGAUGUGCUCCAUGCCACGGCCUAUUUCCUUUCGAAAGAAAGAGUAAAACAAACCUUGGAUCCCAUUGACGAAGUUGCUGCGUUGAUAGCUGCCACCGUCCACGAUGUGGACCAUCCGGGACGAACCAAUUCUUUCCUGUGCAACGCCGGAAGCGAACUGGCCAUUUUAUAUAAUGACACAGCAGUGUUGGAGAGCCAUCAUGCAGCGCUAGCCUUCCAGAUCACCACCCGGGAUGAUAAAUGCAACAUUUUUAAAAACAUGGAGAGGAAUGAAUACCGAACUCUGCGACAAGCCAUUAUUGACAUGGUCUUGGCCACGGAAAUGACCAAACAUUUUGAGCACGUCAACAAAUUUGUCAACAGUAUCAACAAGCCGUUGGCUGCCCUGGAAGAGAACGGGAGUACCAAUGGCGAGGGGGAUCCCAUCAAAAACGUUCUCACGUCUGCUGAGAAUCGAAUCCUGAUCAAACGGAUGCUAAUUAAGUGUGCUGACGUUUCCAACCCUUGCCGUUCGUUGGAACAGUGCAUUGAGUGGGCAGGUCGGAUCUCGGAGGAGUAUUUUGCACAGACCGAUGACGAGAAGAGGCAAGGUUUACCUGUUGUCAUGCCAGUUUUCGACAGGAAUACCUGCAGUAUCCCUAAAUCUCAAAUCUCGUUCAUUGAUUACUUCAUCAUGGACAUGUUUGAUGCUUGGGAUGCUUUUGCAGAUCUACCAAAUCUGAUGCAACACCUAGACAACAACUUCAAGUAUUGGAAGGGGAUGGAUGACAAGAAGUUGAGGACUCUUCGGGCACCCCCGGAAUAGCUGUCAGACCCACUGAACAUGCCUAUCUUCCACCAGGAAGCCAGUUCCUUCAAACUUGCCUUUGGUUAUGGAUUUUCAGAUUUGUUUGGUCUCUUCAGUAGGACAGCAAGACCUUUGUGUUCCCAACCACGGGGCGCUUGGACAAUCUGAAGAGCCUCAAGGUCAGAAGAACUCUCUUCUCCCUCGGUCAUCUAGCAAUUGAGGAGGUGGCUGCAUUUUUCAAGCUGAGUUACACUGGAUAGAUGCCUGUAUCAGAGAGAAUUUCAGGGUGAGCCUUAUCGCUUGCAUUAUUAGCAUGCUUGGAAGUCAUCUUUGGAGAGAGAGAUCCAUUCCUCAGAAGACCUCAGCGUAUGGUUCUUCAGAGCAGGAAAUGAUGGAGAAAAGAAAUGUCCCUCGCCCAUGAGGAUUCAUUACCAUGACGAGGACUCUUUAGCACUAAAAGAAUAAAAGAAACUGUAACUGCUACAUGGAACAAUCAGACAAUAUGGACUCUCUGUGAAGGAGCUUCCUUUUUUUUAAUCUUCUCAGAUGGACUUCGCUGUAUUUUUUCACAUUGCUGAAAGCGCGAUGAGAGCAAGUUCUCUUAAGAAUUUAGCCGCCAAUGGAAGCAAACCAACGGAACCCCCUCCGUUCCCCUUGGCCCUGCAGAUUUUUUCGAAGCUGAUUGUUAGGCACCUCUGAUUAAAAUGUUUUAUUUAUUUUGUUAGAUGUCAAAUAUUUUCUACAAAAGUUUAUAAAGACUAUAAAACGCCAAAGCCAACUUCUAGGGGCAUUACGGUUUUUCGUGAUUCCUAACUCAUUAUGCAUUUUUUUCCUUCUCCGAUUGCAACGAGGGCGCGCAGUGAAUCUAACCUUUUGUUACACAGACAGGAUGGGUGGCUAUCUUGGUUUUAUAUAUUACAGAUAGCCCUCGGCUGAACGGCCAUUUGUUCAGCAACCCUUUGAAUAGGCACUGAAUAGGGGGGAUUACACAACUUUGCUCUUGUGAUUAUGUCUCUGCUGUGGAUAUUAGGCUCUGGCUACUAAGUCCAACCAGUGGCCAGUAAAUCUUUUGCCAGUACUCUGCAUCUUCAUGUGAUCUUCAGGUGAAAUGAAUUUCUCAGCCCCUUCUUUAAAGAAAAGAAAAAAAUCCUUGGAGAAUUCCCAGCCCCUCUUGUAGAAUGUACAACAUGUUGUAUAUCAGGGCUGUCAAACUCGUGGCCCGCGGGCUGGAUGCUUCACGGGCUGGCCACGCCCACACCUGUUUUAGCGAAGGGGAAAAAAUGUCGUGAUACGUCACAUGACGCUGCUGUGACGCCACCACGAGUUUGUCAGCCCUGUUCUACAUCGUCCCUCU